AUGGCUACCCUAGAGCAACUCUCGGAUAGACUCCGUGCCUAUAGCCAACUGUACAGUUACGAAAAUCGACUCCAAACCUUCACCGACUGGCCUUUUCGGGAAAACUGCAACUGCACGCCUGAAGAGAUGGCGAAAGCAGGAUUUGUCCACUGCCCCAGUGACAAUGAGCCAGAUGUGGCCUGCUGCUUCUUCUGUCUGAAAGAGCUGGAGGGGUGGGAACCCAUGGAUAAUCCUUGGUGUGAGCAUGAAAAGCGCUGCCCAGACUGUGGCUUCCUGUCCUUGAAGACGGAUUUUGGUGACCUGACGGUCAAAGAGUAUGUCAAACUGGAGCAGCAGAGGCUAUGCAAAUACCUUAGAAAGGCUGCACAUCUGAAGAUUGCUUGCUUCCGUGACAAAGUGGAUCUUACCCGCAAAAAUCUGGAGAUGCUGUUUAUUUCUAGACACCCCAACCCCAGCCAGGAGUAG